AUCUAAAAAGGACCAUCCCAAAAUUAAUUAACUUCCACCACCUCUCAUAAAUUUCACACUCAUCUACCUCUUUUUAGUCAUCUUCUUUACUGUCAAUUCUUCUGCAUUCAACACAUCAACCAAAAACAACCACCCACUUUUAUUACAUGCACAUGUUCUGUUCAUUUCCUCACCAUUUUAUAAUAAUCAGACACACAACUACUGUUUUCUGUUUUUUUUUUCUAAUACAUUUCUUGACAAAAUUACCCAGAAAAAAAAAACAAAAAAACCCAGAAAAAAAUGUUCAAGGAAACAGAUUCUGUAGUGAAAUGGGGGUUGAGAAUUCUGUAUGUAACAUGUUUUUUACUAUGUUUUACUAAUGCGGUUUCGAUGGGGAAGAAGAAGACAUACAUUGUUCAGAUUGAUAAUUCAGCUAUGCCGUUAGUUUUUUCCAAUCAUUUUGAUUGGUAUAGCUCAAAAAUCAGCUCAAUUGUUGAUUCGAAAAAUAUUACUACUAGCAGUAAUAAGGAGGAAGAUGAAAGCAGGAUUAUCUAUACUUAUCAAAAUGCUUUUCACGGGCUUUCGGCCCGACUCACGGAGGAGGAGGCUUUAAGGUUGGGCCGUGAUCAUGGUGUUGUAGCCUUGUUUCCAGAGACAAUGUAUAAGCUUCAUACUACUAGAAGCCCGAUGUUUCUUGGGUUGGGCCGGGAGGAGGUGGUUGUUGAUGAGGGUCGACAAACCCGGGGAGAUUACGACGUUGUUGUCGGGGUGUUGGAUACCGGGAUCUGGCCCGAAAGCCAGAGUUUUAAUGACUCUGGGUUUGGUCCGAUCCCGGCCCGGUGGAAGGGUGUGUGCGAGCCGGGUCGAGGUUUCGACCCGGCCCGACAUUGUAAUAGGAAGGUUAUUGGGGCUCGGGUUUUCUCCCGGGGGUACGAGGCUGCGGCGGGGAAGAUAGACGAGGGGACGGAGUUUAAGUCACCCCGGGACCAGGAUGGUCACGGGACCCACACGGCGGGGACCGCGGCUGGGUCCCCCGUGCGUGGCGCGAGCUUACUAGGCUACGCGCCAGGCACGGCCCGAGGGAUGCACCCUCGGGCCAGGGUCGCCGCCUACAAAGUGUGCUGGACUGGCGGGUGUUUCAGUUCAGACAUCUUGUCGGCGAUCGACCAAGCUAUCUCCGACGGAGUGGACAUACUCUCCAUCUCCCUAGGGGGUGGUGGAGUGUCGUCCUACUUCCGGGAUAGCUUAUCCGUGGCCACGUUCGGGGCCAUGGAGAAGGGAAUAUUUGUUUCGUGCUCGGCCGGUAAUGGCGGGCCUGACCCGAUUAGUAUUACGAACGUCGCCCCGUGGGUUGCCACCGUCGGGGCGAGUACGUUGGAUAGGACUUUCCCAAGUUAUGUUAGGCUUGGGAAUGGAAGGUUAUUCACUGGGACGUCUAUUUAUAAAGGGAGGAUGAAUUUGUCCGUCAAGAAGUUGUACCCGAUUGUGUAUAUGGGUAGUAACUCUACAUUUCCGGACCCGAAUUCCUUGUGCUUGGAAGGUACUCUUGAUCGAGAAAAGGUACAAGGAAAGAUUGUAAUAUGUGACCGUGGCAUAAACCCACGGGUUCAAAAGGGUCAAGUAGUAAAAGAAGCCGGAGGAAUCGGCAUGAUCCUAACCAAUACCGCCGCCAACGGCGAGGAGUUAGUAGCCGACUGCCACCUCCUCCCGGCGGUCGCCGUCGGAGAAAAGGAGGGCAACACCCUAAAACACUACACAACCACCAACCCGAACCCAACAGCAACCAUGUCUUUCCUCGGUACAAAAGUAGGCAUCAAACCAUCCCCUGUAGUAGCAGCAUUUUCCUCCCGGGGGCCCAACAUCCUCUCCUUAGAAAUCCUAAAACCCGACAUGGUGGCCCCGGGGGUGAACAUCCUUGCAGCAUGGACCGGGUCAUCCGGCCCGUCAAGCGUGUCAGGUGAUAAACGGCGGGUCAAGUUUAACAUACUGUCGGGUACAUCAAUGUCGUGCCCUCAUGUUAGUGGUGUGGCGGCCUUGAUCAAGUCUAAGCACCCGAACUGGAGUCCUGCUGUAAUAAAAUCUUCUCUCAUGACAACAGCGUAUAUUCAUGAUAACAAUAAUACACUGAUAAUUGAUGCAGGAACAGGUGCAUCCUCUAGCCCGUAUGAUCACGGGGCGGGUCAUAUAAACCCGGUGAAGGCUCUCAACCCGGGUUUGGUCUAUGAUAUUACACCUCAAGAGUACUUUGAGUUUCUUUGUACUCAAAACCCGAGCCCAGCCCAACUCCAGGUCUUCUCAAAGGGUGGUAAAUUGGCUUGCCAUAACAGACUUUCUCAAGCAGGGGACUUGAAUUACCCUGCUUUAUCAGUUUUGUUUCCAUCAAACACGAGUGUAUCAAGUGUAACACUUAAAAGAACGGUCACGAAUGUGGGUCGACCCGUGUCGAGUUACCGGGUUAGGGUUACCCCGUUUAGAGGGGCUAAGGUGGUUGUGCAACCACAAGUGCUGCAUUUUACUAAGAAGUAUCAGAAGUUGUCUUAUAAGGUUACGUUUAAGACGGUUUCAAGGCAGCCCGGGCCCGAAGCCGGGUACUUGGUGUGGAAGGAUAAAGUUCAUAGGGUAAGAAGUCCUGUUGUUUUGACAUGGUUGCCACCAUCUAGUUUUAAUCAUAAAGGAUGAAGAAACUUCAUAAGUUUAAGGUAUUUUCUUUGAUAAUUUUGUCAAUGUAAUGGGAAAAAAAUGGAUGUUAUUGUCUUUUGAAUAAGAGUUAGGGAAAAUGUAACGAUGUAUGAUAUGAUAUUAUAAUAUUAUAUGAAUGAAAUAUUGUAUGCAGUA